ACCAACGCCCGAGCGAGCGCGGGCCGGAGAACACGCACGCCGGCCUGGUAACGCACGGCCGGGCGCGCCGGGCCGGCCCUUUCUGAGGAGAAGAGGCCACGCCACGGGCCUUUGGGCACCUGCUGCACCGGCGCGGAGAGGCCGCGCCUCGCUCGGCCCUGCCGACUGCGGCCGCAGCGCUGCCGCCGGGGGCGCCAUUUCAAGCCUGCCGCCCCCCCGAAGACGCCUGAAAUAAAUGGCGGAGGGGGCGGAGACCUUCGUCCCAUCACCCAAUCCGAAGAGAGAGUCCCAGGUGCAGGCGGUACACGCGGCCCCAAAGCCAAUGGGCGUGAGCGGCGGUGGAUGACAGACGGGUGGCUCCCUCCGCCCGGGGGCCAAUGGGGCGGGCGGCGCGGGGCGCGUCGCGCCGUCCCGUGGUGCCGCGGGGCGAGCGGCGGCAGGAGCGGCGGCGACUGCAUCCGGGUCCCGGCGCGGCUCCGGGUCACCCUGCGGCAGACUAACUUGAAGGCCCGGAAGUGCCGCCCCCGGGCGCUCCUGAGUGGUGGGUUGGCCCCGCCGCCCGCCGGGGAUAGGCUGCGGAUUCCGUCAGCGCCUGGGUACGUCACUUCCGCUAUCAAGUGUGUGGGCAGGGGAGACCUUGGCCGCGGGGGGAGCCGCGUCCGUGUCCCCCCCCCGGUAGCGGGGCCGCGGGGGGAGCCUGGGGGGGGCCGUGCCCGGGGGUCGCCCGCCGUGCCCUUCCCCGGGGCUGCCCGCGCCUCGGGCACCGAGGAGCCCUGCCCUGCGGCGGGGAGCGGUGGCCGGAGGAACUUGUGGCGGGGCAGGCAGGUAGGGGCGGCGGGCAGGGCCGCAGGCAGCCGCGGGCAGGCGGGGAGGGCGUGAGAGGCGGGAUGGGCAGGCAGAACGCGGUACGGCGUAAGAAGAGCGAAGUUCAAAACCGAGGAGGCGGACGCUGAAGAAAAUACCUCGUGAAAUGCACCUGCUUUGGCAACUAAGCACGCUGUCAGCAGGCUGGGGGGUAAGGGGUGGGAUCGCACGGAGCUGAACUUCGGCGCUUGCCGGUAUACGCUGUACUGGUCAAAACUAAACGCUUGGGUUAUGUUUCAGUAUUGUCGUUAGCAGAGUGUGGAAUCCGUCCCUGACAAGCGAUAAAGUGCUUAUGGAGACUUUCUUCUGGCCCAGCGCAGUCAGUUUUGGAGAAGGACGUUACUCUAUCACAUCCUAGUUUUAUGACGUAUUUCUUGCAGGAGUGGAAACUCAACCUGAUGUUCAAGGUUAUGAUAAUCCUCGUUGAUAGAUUUGCCGUUUCUACUUUGCCUGUGCUCCUCUUUAAUGGUGCUGCUUUGUGCAGGCAAUUUCCUGACUGUAAUGCGAGCCUUCACGGGCACGGAAGAAUUGCUUCCGUUCAACACGUAUGUAGAAACCGUACCGAACGAUGCUGAGGCAUAACAACAGGUCAGAUGUAAUCCGUGACAGAAUUUUCAGGGAAACGCAUCUGUGCCUUCCAAAGCAGUAACAUCUCUCUAACUUAACUAAACAGCGUUUAAGGGUCCGGGCAUCCUCUUCCUAAUUCUUCAGGUGGGUGAGCGUCCCCAGCUGCCGGGGGGUUCACCAAAACAGUUAUUUACUGGUGUGGCUCCUGUUGUCAAAUUUGACGCAUUCUGUUCACAGCAAUGGUCAGGUGUUAAAUGGCCUGAACUUACCCCAGGAGCUGUUCACGGUGGUGGUUGAAACCUGCUGCAGUCUUUCCAGUGUAGUCAACAUGCGAUGGUAGAUUUAAUAGGGGUUUGUUGUUUUUUUGUCCCUAUAAUAGCCAGCUUUGUGAAGAGGGACUUACUAAAUAGCUGUCUUGUGGUAUUUUUAAUGUAAAAGUGUUGACUGUGGUUUUGUCACUGAGCUUUUCACCAAGGUGUACUCUGUAUAUCUCAAAUGCUUAACCUCAAUUCACGUAGGUCAUGCUGGGAAGUAGUUAUUUUGCAUAAGACGACUGGGGACUUGGCAAAAGGAAGCUUAGGCAAAACAUCAAAUCACUUGCUUUGUUUUUCUACCACUACUAACAAGCUGUAUCCUUCUUUCACUUUCCUUUUGAUAAAUCGGUCCAUUUGCAAAACGAUAAAAAGCUCCCAGGACUUAUAAAGGGCAAUAGAUGUUUAAUUGUGUUGCCAAUUAAUAACAUCACACGGCAUUCUGGAAAACGUUCUCAUGCACUAACUGCAUUAUUUGCUGAAUUUGUGUAAUUAUCAUAUUAACAUACAAACUUCAUGCAGAGGAAGUUAGCUUGCUUAAGUAGUAAGUGAAUAAAUAUAUACAUUUGUAUAUCUAUACGUAAGCAUGCAUUCCUGUUCGAAGCAGGAACAAAUAACCAAAACGAUGGUUUCCUUUGAGAAGUGUGCUUUGUAGCGCUUGAAGCUGUAGCUGAACUGAAAUGUGUUCAUAUAUGUAUUUCUUCUGCCAGCGUACUGACAGAUGGGUGUUCAAAAAGGAUUUGUGAAAAUCUGAUAACAUCUUAGUGUAGUCGUUUUCUUUACUACAAGGUAUUUUCUAACUUCACUGAGGUUUUUGCCAUCAUUGUACAGUAAUGUAUACACAGUAAUGUAACACAUGCACCGCUUACACGCAGAUGGUUGAAUACUAAUGUUGUAAAAUUAAGUACGUGUACAGGAAGGUGCUAGGAUUUGUAUUACUUUGGUUCUUUGUUCAUAUUAGAAAUUAUUCAUUAUGAUCACAUACUUGUACUUUUCCAGAAGAGUUGUGCUUCAUUCAGUGCAUGAGUGGGCCGUAGCGACUUCUAAUUUCUUUCAAGCCGUGGUUUCUGGAUAUUUAUAUUCCAUCUGUAACUCCAUGGUUAUCAAACAGACUAAUUGAGAAUGUGGCAAAGCAAUAAUAGUUCAUGUUAUAAUUAUGUAAAACCAGAAUGCUUUGUGUUAAAGCGUUUAAAUGUAAAUGGGAUAUAGAUUUUGUAAGAAAAAUUUGGCAUUUCUGAUUGAGCCGCUAGAUGAAUACAUUACUGGUCAAAAUCAGUGGUAUUAAUUUUACAUUGUUGUGUGAAAAAUCCCAAGAAAUACCGUAGCAGACACAUAUCCCUGUCUAGGUGCGUGGACUUUGGUCCUGCUCGUGCUUAGAGUUAAAGCACAUCUAUAAAUUCGUACAGCGUUGUGUGCUGAAACUGCUUGUGCUUAUUUUCUCAUCUUUGUAAAAUUUGCCAGUUCAAACAAGUAUUCUGGUGUGAUUUACGCUUAGUCCAGUGUAUUGCUGCUAAAUGGACUGGCAUGUCCAAAUAGAGGUAUGAAACUUUAAAUUUUUGGGCAUAAGCAGGGGAGACUCUUAAAAAGGUGCCUGCACUUUAGCUGGCAAGCGUUACAUUGCAAUGAAAGAAUUUUUUGCUCUCUUAGUCAGUGCCUGUUUUUCAGUGCAGGUGAAUUUGCUUGGCACA